AUGUCGGAGAAAGGGAUCUUCUUAGGAGCUACGGCGAAGUUGAGUCCGAGGGAGAGUACUUUGUGUUCGGCUUGGGUUGUUGGUUGGCUUUCCCUCGGACUCAACUUCGCCAUAGCUCCUAAGAAGAUCCCUUUCUCCGACAUCGUACAGCAAGUCGAACCCAAGCUCCGCUUUCUCUCCAAAGAGGCCGCCAACGCAAUUAGAUUCAAGGUAACCAAUGCCCUCUCCGACGCCAAGCCACCUAAACAGAACCUAUCCAAAGAAGAACGCUCUGCUAUCCAGGACCUCCGACGUAACCAAGCUAUUCACAUCCUUCAGGCUGACAAGGGCAACGCCACCGUUAUCAUGGACCAAGACGCAUACGAUGACAAGAUCGAAGAGAUUCUCCAAGACAAGGACACCUACUCCAAACUCAACAGAGACCCAACUCAGGCCAACGAAAGGAAAAUCAACCAACAACUGCUGACCCUACACCGAUCUGAUGCACUACCCAAGGCACUCUACUUCCAACUCAGAUCGUCUUCAGCCAAGUCAUCUAUCUUAUUCGGACAACCCAAGAUACACAAGCCUAACACUCCUCUCCGCCCUAUCAUCUCCACUCGUGGGUCACCCUGCUACAACACAGCACGCCAUCUGGCCAACAUCCUCCAACCACUCGUAGGCCAGACCCAGAACCAUGUCACCAACUCCAAGCACUUCAUAGACGUCAUCUCCAAAACCAAGAUCCGGCCCUCCGACACACUUGUCAGCUUUGAUGUCGUCUCCCUCUUCACCAGCGUACCUGUAGACCAAGCAUGUGACAUCAUCAAGCAACGCCUGAUCACCGACUCAGACCUAGCAUCCAGAACCAAUCUCACACCAGACCAGAUCCACGACGUCCUCCUCACCUGUCUCAACUCCAACUCCUUCAAAUGGCGCAACAUCUACUACAAACAAUUACUUGGAGCAGCCAUGGGGUCACCUCUCUCACCGAUCAUCGCUAACAUCUUCAUGGAACACUUUGAGCACCAAGCACUCAAGACUGCGGACAAACCUCCUUCACUCUGGCUCCGCUACGUUGACGACACCUUUGUCAUCUGGCCGCACAGCACACCCGACCUUCACCAGUUUCUCAACCACCUCAACAACCAGCACCCCAGCAUCAAGUUCACCAUGGAAACCCAACGCGACAACUCAAUUCCAUUUCUAGACGUUCUCAUCACUAAGACACCGUCUGGAUUCCCAUCUCACCAGGUGUACCGAAAACCUACCCACACAGACGGCUACCUCAACUUCCGCUCACACCACCACCCGUCCAUCCACCAAUCAGUCGCCGACACUCUCGUCAGACGAGCCCACCAACUCAGCGACAAGGCACACUUACAUCAAGAACUCAAGCACGUGACCAAUGCACUCACCACCAUCAACCACUACCCCAGAAGAAGGAUCAAGACUCAACCACCCAGCCACCAACCCAGCACCGACAGCACCGAAAACCCAUCCGAAACCAAGCCCGUCGCCACCAUAGUACUACCCUACAUCGGCAAGACUUCACACCGACUACAACGCAUCCUUCACUCUGCCAACAUCCUCGUCAGACACCAAUCCUCUCGAAAACUACACUCCAUCCUUCACUCUCAUAAGGACAAGCACCCAUCCAACAAACAACCAGGCGUCUACAAGAUCCCCUGCGACUGCGGUAAAGUCUACAUUGGGGAAACCGGCCGAGACUUCGACACCAGACUCAAGGAACACAAGACCCACCACCGACGCAGCGACUGGGACCGAUCCGCCAUCGUCAAGCACGCACAACAAGAGAAUCACCGCAUAGAAUGGGAAAGGAGCCACCUAAUCACCAACAUCCGGCACUGGAAUACCAGAAGGGUCAGGGAAGCCAUUGAGAUACAUCAACACAACACUGUGCCUCAAGACCCUGGCCUCCACAUCAACAGCAUCUGGCACCCAAUCCUACGUCACCAUCAAACUUCUAACCAAUCCACAAACAACCAACCGUCCACCGUCACUCCACCGAGCCCUCCUACCCAACACAGCAGUCUGAUUGCAUCACCAACUCAACCAGGGACUCCGCCGACACACACACCACCGCCACCGACACCUCGCUACAACCUCCGCCGUCGACCCAACACCUCAUCCCAUCUAUCUGAGAAGGCCCACAAAUUUCUCUUCCCUACUAAUGCUAAACCUGCCCGCUUCUAUCUCCUCCCCAAGAUCCAUAAACCUGGCAACCCUGGUCGACCCAUCCUCUCAGGAAAUGGUUCCCCAACAGAGCACAUCUCCCUUUUUGUUGAUUAUCACAUUAAACCCCUUGUCUCACGUGCACCCUCUUACAUCCACGACACCCCAGACUUUCUCAGGAAACUCAAUGACAUCAAGGACCAGAUACCCGAGACUGCGAUCAUCGGCACUUUGGAAGUUUCUUCACUGUACACCAAUAUCCCCCACGAUGAAGGUAUCCAAGCAUCAUGUGAAGCCUUGGCUGCCAGUGGCCAUUCCAGUCCCCCAUAUCCGAUAUCAAAUCUCUGA